AUGGUGAAGUUCCUGAAGCCGGGAAAGGUGGUGAUCCUGCUGCAGGGCAGGUACGCCGGGAAGAAGGCGGUGAUCGUGCUCGUGUUCGAGGAGGGCACUGGUGACCUCCCCUACGGGCACUGUCUGGUCGCCGGCCUGGCCAAAUACCUGAAGAAGGUGAUCCGCAAGGAAUCGACCAAGAAGACGGCCAAGAAGUCCCGCGUCAAGGUCUUCCUCAAGCUCGUCAACUUCACGCACCUCAUGCCUACCCGCUACACCCUCGAUGUCGACUUCAAGGAGGUGGUCUCCGGCACCCCCGACUCCCUCACCACCAAGGACAAGAAGCUCAACGCCGCCAAGUUUGCCAAGGCCAAGCUCGAGGAGAGGUUCAAUUACGGCAAGAACAUGUGGUUCUUCACGAGGCACCACAUGAUUCGACAUGAUUAA